GACACAGUCGGCCGCAGACAUGGGCCGCCCGAGCCCGCGCCGCGCCGCGCCCCCCGCGCCGGGCGCCCGCGCCCCCCGGGACCCAGGCCUGUGACCACCUCACCCGCCGUCCCCGCCGAUCCCGCGUCUGAUUCCCGCGGGCCGGGCCUAGGACCCCCGCCACCACCCUCCACCAUGCCCAUCCUCAAGCAGCUGGUGUCCGGCUCGGUCCACUCCAAGCGCCGCUCACGGGUGGACCUGACGGCCGAGAUGAUCAGCGCCCCGCUGGGUGACUUCCGCCACACCAUGCACGUGGGCCGCGCGGGCGACGCCUUCGGGGACACGUCCUUCCUCAACAGCAAGGCCGGCGAGCUGGACGCCGAGUCGCUGGACGAGCCGCCGGCGGCCGCGGCCCCCGCCAAGCGCGGCCUGCUGUCCCGCAAGUUCCGGGGCAGCAAGCGGUCGCAGUCAGUGACCCGGGGCGAGCGCGAGCAGAGGGACGUGCUGGGCUCCCUGCGUGACUCGGCACUGUUCGUCAAGAACGCCAUGUCCCUGCCGCAGCUCAACGACAAGGAGGCGGCCGAGCGCGGGACCGGCAAGCUGCCCAAGAGCCUGUCCAACAGCCCCGUGAAGAAGGCGGGCGGCGAGGGCGGCCAGGAGGAGGUGGCGGCGGCGGCAGCAGUGGCCGCAGGGGCCCUCGACGGGGCGGCCCGCAGGAACGGGGCUGCCAGCCCGGGCCUGGCCGACGCCCUCCUGGAUGAGCAGGCCUUCGGGGACCUGACCGAGCUGCCUGUGGUGCCCAGGGCUGGCCACGGGCUGAAACACGCCGAGUCCGUGCUGUCCUUCCACAUCGACCUGGGCCCGUCCAUGCUGGGUGACGUCCUCAGCAUCAUGGACAAGGACGAGUGGGACCCGGAGGGGGAGGAGGAGGACGGCGGCUACCACGAUGGCGGCUACCGCGAGGAGGAGGACGAGGAGGAGGAGGACGCCGCGCCCCUGGGCCGGCCCCCCGGGCAUGCCCCGAUGGCCACCUUGGGGUCCCCUGCCCCAGCCAGGUCCGGGGGCCAGGCAGGCGGCCCUGACCGGCUCCCACCGCCCGCCCAGGCGGUGCAGGAGGAGGGGUGGGGGGCGGCGGCCCCCAGCCCCGGCUCGGCCCGCAGCCUGGGCAGCCGCACCACGCGGGACAGCAGCUCCCUGUCCAGCUGCACGUCGGGCAUCCUGGAGGAGCGCAGUCCGGCCAGCCGCGGCCCCCUCCCCCGGCAGCCCGACAAGGAAUUUUCCUUCAUGGACGAGGAGGAGGAAGACGAGAUCCGGGUGUGAGGCCCGCGGCCGCCCCCAAGUCCCCCACCACCGGCCACUUCCUGCCCCCUCCACCCUGCGGAAGGACAGAGUUGGCCACCCCUCGGGGGGCCCCGUGGAGGAGUUGGGGGCCCCCACAGCACGGGCCACUCUCCCCUCGUGCCCAGACAGGGGUCCCCUUCCCUCUCCUGCCCACCGGUCCCCCUCCCUGGCUUCCGAGGACCCUCGGGGGAAGGCGGGGGGGGGGGUGGGAGGAAGGGGGGUCGCCCUCCUGGAGCCCCCAUGGGCAUUAGGGACCCUUCACUGUACCCCCUCUUCGGGGAGGGGCGGGAACCAGACAGGAACAGAAGGGCCUGGACUUGGUGGGUUUUCCAGAAGGGCCCGGGGAGGGGGGGUGUCCAGGGAGCAGGCGGGCGCCUUCCACCCCCCACCCUGGUGGUUCGCCCUGUCCUUCCCUCGUAGGGCUCAGCCCUUUCAGAGCAAUACUGGGGACAGUUGAGAGCCGGGCACCAAGUCUUGGCCACGAGGUUUAGCUAGCAGGUAGCAGGCUCCUGUCGCCCUGUUGCAGGGGGGCCCGAGGACCCCCCAGAACCACCGUGCUCCUUAGGCGGGUCGACCUUUUAUUUGCAACUCGGGGGGGGGUGCCCGCCCCCAGCCGUCCGUAAAGGAGGUUGCUGGUCCUGAGUGUUUGGGAAAAUCAUUUAAAAAAAACAAAACAGAAACCCUGGCAGUUCCCGGGGAUGAGAGGGCCUUUGUGAGGGCCACCCGCCCCGCCAGCCUCCCCCCUGCCACUUCCUCCUCCCUUCCCAGGCCCCAGGGACGGGGUUCUGGCUUAGCAGCACAACAAAGCCCCUGUCCAGACGCAGGGGCCCCCUCGAAUGGCGACAGGGAGACUCUGGCUCUUCCCAACUGGACCGUGUCACCACCCCCUGGAAGCCCGCCCUCAGGGAGUGAGCAGAAGGGGGGGUGUGAGCUGGGGGGGGCUGCAAAUGGGAACCAGCUGGCCCUGUGGCUGGCCGACCACGUGACAGCGACCCCCCACCUCGUCCUGGAUCCCAGAGCCCCUCUGGGGCUCUCUCUGCACAGCCCCACUACGGUGGGGGGCGGGGCCAGACUCGGAAGGGGCGGGGUGGCCCCACCAGCUUCCCCCAAACCAGUUCCAGAUUCUGAACAGUGUAUAUUUUUUCAAAAUCUUGAUAAAACAGCAAAGAGACAUUAAAAAGCACUGUAGCA